CUUUGUGGACAAUUUUUCGGCCUUCGCAAUCAGUUCAGUUACUGUUUGGAGGCUGCCGAGGCUGUUGACCACGUCUGUUGUCGUCGCUCUUUGAUUCAAAUCUCAAGAUGACUCACCAGUUUCCAUCACUCUCUCCGGAGCAGAAGAAGGAGCUCUCUGACAUUGCUCAGAAGAUUGUGGCUCCAGGAAAGGGUAUCUUGGCUGCAGAUGAAUCAACAGGCACCAUGGGAAAGCGUCUCCAGAAAAUCAACGUGGAGAACAACGAGGAGAACCGUCGCAGCUUCCGUGAGCUUCUCUUCUCCUCCGAUUCCACCAUGACCAACUGUGUGGGUGGGGUCAUCUUCUUCCACGAGACGCUCUACCAGAAAUCAGACAGUGGCAAGCUCUUCCCCCAAGUCAUCAAGGACAGGGGGAUUGUUGUCGGCAUCAAGGUGGACAAAGGCACAGCUGGUCUAAAUGGAACAGAUGGAGAGACCACCACACAAGGUCUUGACGGUCUCUCUGAGCGCUGCGCCCAGUACAAGAAGGACGGUUGUGACUUUGCCAAGUGGAGGUGUGUGCUCAAGAUCUCAGACGGUUGCCCAUCAGCUCUUGGCAUUGCAGAGAAUGCCAAUGUCCUGGCCAGAUAUGCCAGUAUCUGCCAACAGAAUGGCCUGGUGCCUAUUGUGGAGCCAGAGAUCCUGCCUGAUGGAGACCAUGACCUGCUGCGCUGCCAGUAUGUCACAGAAAAGGUUCUGGCUGCUGUGUAUAAGGCUCUGUCUGACCACCAUGUGUACCUGGAGGGCACCCUGCUGAAGCCCAACAUGGUCACAGCUGGACACUCCUGCACUAAGAAGUUCACCCCACAGGAGGUCGCCAUGGCCACAGUGACUGCUCUGAGGCGCACUGUCCCUGCCUCUGUGCCUGGCAUCUGCUUCCUGUCUGGUGGCCAGAGUGAGGAGGAGGCCUCCCUCAACUUGAACGCCAUCAACCAGGUACCUCUCCAUCGUCCCUGGAAGCUGACCUUCUCUUAUGGCCGUGCACUCCAGGCAUCUGCUCUUGCAGCCUGGCAGGGCAAAGCUGCCAACAAGGCCGCUGCACAGCAAGCUUUCUGCACCAGGGCCAAGAUCAAUGGCCUGGCUUCCAAAGGAGAGUACAAGCCCUCUGGCUCAGCUGACAAGUCCUCCAUGCAGUCUCUGUACACUGCCAGCUACGUCUAUUAAAUACUCUGAACAAUACUGUGAAAACCUCCCAAAAGGUACACAUGGACCAAAUACAACUACAAGAAAUGCCUCUGCUGGAUAUGACUCCUCCCCAUACUACCAACACCUUCGGGGGGACAAAUUGUUAUAAUGUUGAACUACUUUUUUUCCACUAAUGAAGUGACUUGAAAUGAAUGGAAAUAAAUUAAGUGACCAAAAAGA